AUGCUUCAAGGUUUUGUUUGCUCUUCAGAUUCUAACAUUGCCGAAAUAUUUGGCUUCCUUCAGGAGGUUCGUGACCUGCAAUGGAUCAGUUCAGACGUCGCUGUUGCUGCUGUCGGAUACGAUAUCCAGCUGAUGCAGCUUGGGCCCCUGAGGAUGCAAGCCCCGAUCAGUAGUGUCCACUCCGAUGCUAUUCGAGAUUUGGCCGUCUCAACCACUACUAACUCAUACGUGCUUUCUGGUGGGUUUGACGAGACUGUAGUCAUCACGGACCUCCGAGAUACCGGAGACCCGACAGCUUCAACGAUUGUUGCAAAGUACGACGCACGAGAUGUGGUUAGUAGCGUCCGGUGGUCGCCUGUGGGUGCAUCGCAAGUGAGCUGGACCACGGACGGGGGUGAUUUUCAAGUCGCAGAUUCACGUGUACCGUCGCCUCAGCUCCAAAUCCCGCUGUACGCGUAUCUGAAGGUCGAUAAACUAGGCGGGCUAUUUGCACAUGAAUACCUGAGCAACCUCACUGUCGCUCUGGGAUUCGAGAGCGGAUACGUCGCCAUGUUGGACCUCCGCCAGCCUCGACAGUCGGCUUGCACUUCACUUGUAGAGUCGAAGCUGACGGCGGUCGGUGAGAUCAGACGCUCGGGCACCAAGCUUGCGAUGUUUGGUCGCAGCGGGUACGAGCUAUCCUUUUAA